AUGCCACGCCAAGAUCACCUAGAAGGAACCGUCGACUCCGAUAUGCUUAGCGUUGAUGCUAGUCCCUAUCUCGAUAACGAUGAUGCUCGGCGCAUCGGACUUUUUCAAGCGCCCGAACACUACCCGUCCGCAUGCAAUUGGUCGGAAGAAUCCAACCGCCCCAAGCAAUACCCACCCGAACUCGAAAAUGAAUGCUGCAGCUCGGAGAUGGGUCAGGGGCGAUAUUCAACAGAACGUGGUGUUGGGACGCAUGCAAUGGCUUUCAAUCUAUACCCAGCGGCAAAUGCAACGACUUUAGCAGCCUUUUUCAACAUCACGCUCGAUUGCAUGGAAACAUUAAACACCACACUUCCGGAAUGUGAAUCUACCCUCUUCCAUAUGGCACUGAAUGUGGAUAACUACUGGUGGGAAGAAGAUGAUGUCACGGCCCUUUGCAGUGGGAACUGUUCUACUGCAGCAAAAUACUGGGACCUCCAGGUCGCCAGCGCCUGCGAUGGUCAGUACUAUCCGUCUUACGGGAAAUUGCUCCCUUGGGAUACAGUGACAGGUCAGUAUAUCGACGGUCUCAACACGGCAUGUCUACCGUCUACCACGAAUGACACUUGGUGCUUGAUUGAGUCUCAAGAAUGGCAAGGAGUUAUUCCUUACAGCGUCGAUUGCUCGGAGGAGCCCGAUGACCCUAGUGGUGCAAUUAACGGGACGUAUCUGGAGUCUCCGUAUUCACGGUUGCGAACCUCUAUGAGGACGAUAUUUGCCUACUCGGACUACCUAGUGGACCAGCUGCAGGAUAUUGGAGAUGUCUGCUCUACGAGCAUUCCUGAUAUCACUGUACGCGCGAUACCCACAUAUUCCUCGAUCCCGAAAAGCGUGUCGACUAAGCCAACGACAACCGAUGCCACCCCUACAUCUACGGCUACUUCAGUGCCAACGUGCUAUGGUCAGCAGGUGUCAGGAUCAGGAUGUGAUAAUCUUUCCGCGCAGUACAAUGUCACCACUGGUGAUCUGAAAGCAUACUCACAAAGCGAUUCUUGCUCUUUCUCUCGCUUGGCCUGCCUUCCGAAAGGAUGUGACUUGUAUAAAGUGACUAGCGGCGAUAGCUGCCCAUCUAUCAUAGCGGGGGCAGCUGGAAACGUGACCCUCACGCAGUUCCUGAAAUGGAAUAUCAAUAUUCUAGGUCUGUGUGACGCACCCACCGUGGGCCAGUAUGUUUGCGUUGGCGCGCCAGGAGGAAACUACAUUCUUGCACCGCCUCCUCUGGGUGAUGAUGGGGAUCUUGGUAAUGGCCAACGAGGAGGCGGUGGUGACGAUGGGUCUUCGGAAACUACUUCUUCCCCGACCGAUGAAACAUCUACUACCCCUCCCACGUCCAGUCCGACGGUGACCAAGACGACCAGCGCAAGCAGGACCACCGCGACCGCACCAGGCGAGACCCAAGCCGGCAUCGAUCCCGACUGCAACAAAUUCGCGAAAGCCCCGAAGGAUGGGAGCUGCGAGGGAUUCGCAGCGGAUAACGGUAUAUCUCCAUCCCAGUUAUACGCAUGGAACAAUGUUUUGGGAGAGAACGGCGCGUCCUGCGGCACUUCCUUCUGGGCAAAUGAGUACUACUGUGUUGGUGUUCCCGGGUCCUCCACGGUGAGCACGGUGACUGCGCCUGGUCCGACACAAACAGGAAUCGUAGGCAACUGCAACAAGUAUGCCACGCCGGCGGAUGACAAGGGUUGCGAGGAUUUUGCAAAGAAUAAUUCCAUCACGCCUGCCCAGCUGUAUAAGUGGAAUACUGUCCUGGGAGCUAACGGUAGCAACUGCGGGAACAGCUUCUGGUUCAAAGAGUACUAUUGUGUGGGCGUUAGUAGUUAG